UUCUAGUGCUUGUUGUAGUUCGUCUGUUGUUAGUGGAAAGCAUUCUCUGUGAGUUGUGCUUGCCGAGGGAUAUUUGAUUUGCGGGCCCCAACCUGUCUGUUACUGCCGCUUUCCACGGGCAACUUAAUGAAAAGGGCCUCAGUGUGCUUGUGAAACUUGCACCGUGCAAACUGCGCGGUGAGACCGAACCUAAAAGUCGCCAAACGGGGUACAGUGAUCAUCUGCAGCUCGCACGGUGUGGAGCAACGCCUGACCAAUGGCUGGUUUGCCUAGGCCGGCCGAUCACCGGAGGAAAUGGGACCGCGAGGAGUACGAGAAGCUCGCCGAGGAGCGGCUUCGACUCGAAGACGAGGACGAGGAGCCGUUGGCCCCUGUGAAACGAGACACGCUCAAGCCCAGAGACUAUAAGGUUGACCUUGACUCGAAGCUUGGGAAGACAUGUGUCAUAACAAAAACAACACCAGCUUCCCAAGCUGGGGGUUACUACUGCAAUGUCUGUGACUGCGUGGUCAAAGACUCCAUCAACUUCCUGGACCACAUCAAUGGCAAAAAACACCAGCGUAACCUGGGCAUGUCCAUGCGUGUUGAGCGCUCAACCCUGGAUCAAGUCAAGCAGAGGUUCGAGGUCAAUAAAAAGAAGCUUGAAGAGAAGAAGAAAGACUACGACUUUGAGCAGCGUAUGCAAGAGCUUCGAGAAGAGGAAGAGAAACUGCGAGAGUAUCGCCGUGAAAAACGCAAGGAACGAAAGCGAAAGCACCAGGAGCCCUCGGAGGAUGUCGAUCCCGACAUGGCUGCCACCAUGGGGUUCUCAGGGUUUGGUUCGUCAAAGAAGUAAUUGUGCACACGUACACUUACAAAAUAAAAGAAACGAAUUUUACUGCUCA